AUGAUUGAUAGUUUCUGCAAUCAGACAGUGUCCAAACUGCCACCACAUGUAUACGGCAUUGCAGAAGCGUCGUAUAGGGAGAUGUUAAACAGCCAGAAGAAUCAAUCUAUAUUGGUCAGUGGUGAGUCUGGUGCUGGCAAGACCGAGUCCACCAAGUUCCUCUUGCAAUACUUUGCCGCCAUGGGUGAGAAGAUGGGUCAGUCCAAGCAAGAGGCACUGGACAACAACAACAUUGAAUCACAAGUCAUCAAAUCGACCCCAAUCCUCGAGGCAUUUGGCAAUGCCAAGACAUCCAGGAAUGACAACAGUUCAAGAUUUGGAAAGUUCAUCCAAAUACACUUUGACAAGACAAAGGGAACGAUUGUUGGAGCAAACUUGGAUACAUACUUGUUGGAGAAGUCUAGGAUUGUUAGACCUCCACAACAUGAACGAUCAUAUCAUAUAUUUUACCAGUUCUUGGCUGGUGUUGGCGAUGACAUUAGGAGCAAGCUGGUGGUCACAUCCAAUCCCACGGACUUUGUCUUCCUGAGUCAGAGCGAGUGUCAUACAAUCGAUGACAUCGAUGAUGGACAGGUAUUCUUAAAGACACAAAAGGCCCUCAAGGUCAUGGGCUUCACAGACGACGAUCAGAUGGGUGUUUGGAAGGUGCUCGCUGCCAUUCUGCAUUGUGGUAACAUCCAGUUCGCCGAGAAAGAGGAGAAUGUAUCUGCCAUCGUGGACGAGUACACAUUGGAGAGUACUCAACAUUCAUACUCGCCACUCAUCACAAUGGCAGAGUUGUUGGGUUGCAAGAUCGAUCAACUUAAGAACACUUUGCUAACGAGGAUCAUAAAGGCUGGCAAUGAGACAUACACACUCCCAAUGACUGUUCAACAAUCCAAAGAGGCCAAGGACUCCCUUGCCAUGUACCUCUACUCACGUCUAUUCGACUGGAUCGUUCACCGUAUCAACAUAUGCAUUGACAAGAAGAAAAAGGACUACCUCUUCAUCGGUAUCCUUGAUAUCUAUGGAUUUGAGUCAUUUGAGACCAACUCAUUCGAACAGUUCACGAUCAAUUAUGCCAAUGAGAAGCUACAGAAUCAAUUCAACCAUCAGAUAUUCAAGCUGGAACAACAAGAGUAUACAAAGGAGAAGAUUGAUUGGUCGUAUAUCAAGUUCAACGAUAACCAGGACUGCAUUGACCUGAUAGAGAAGAAGCCAUUGGGUAUCCUGUCGAUAAUGGACGAGGAGACGCAGUUCCCCAAGGCAACACCAGUGACCCUCACAACAAAGCUGACGUCCAACCAUCACAACAAGACCAAACACUUUGAGAAGCCACGUUUCUCCAACGUUCACUUUACCAUCGAUCACUAUGCUGGCAAGGUCGACUACGACACCACACUGUUCCUCGAGAAGAACAAGGACUUUAUCAUACCGGAACAGGUGAUGGCGCUACAGGCCAGCAGCUGGGAGUUCUUCCGCAAGUUGGUCACGACAAUUGGUGGUAGCGCCACAAAGGGACCAGCGCCCUCGGCGUCUGCUGGAGGCAAGUCUCUCAAGUUCCUCUCGGUGACAUCGCAAUUCAAGGAGUCACUCAAUCAUCUGAUGACCACGAUCAACAGCACCAACCCACACUACAUCCGCUGCAUCAAGCCCAACACACAGAAGCAACCGGACAACUUUAGCGACAUGAUGGUUCUGCAGCAAUUGCGAUGUGGUGGUGUGAUAGAGCAGCUGCGCAUCAGUCGAUCGGGAUAUCCUGGUCGUCUGCCCUACGAGAACUUCUUCAAGCGCUACAAGGUUCUGGCCUCACGACUUGUCAACGCACAGACCAGUGCGCUGGACAUGACCAAGGAGCCGCGCAAGGGCUCCGAGGUGUUGAUGCGCUUGCUUAGCAUCGAUGGCACCAAGGUGCAGCUGGGUCUCACGAAGAUCUUCUUCAGAUCUGGCAUCAUUGCCAACCUGGAGAUCAUGCGUGGCAACCUCAUGAGGGCGUCGGCCAUCAUGAUCCAGAAGUAUUGGAAGGGCUUUGUCUGCAAGAAGAGGUACGUGGCCAUUCAACAUGCGGCAAAACAUCUUCAGUCACUCGUCAGACGUGCCACCUCUAAGCAGAUAUAUAUUGGUCUUCUCGAGGAUCAGUCAUCAUUGGUGCUGCAGACUGCCAUCAGAUCAACUCUGGCCGCCAGGGACUACCAGGACACUUUGGUUUCCGCCACCAAGCUGCAAGGCCUGUUCAGAGUGUGCACCAGUGGCGAGAUGCUCGAACAGCUGCGCAUCGAGAGGGCAUCAGAGAUACUACAGAGCUAUGUGAGGAUGGCCAAGGAAGCAGAGCACCUGCACCUGUUGAACAAGGCCUGUCUAAAGGCGCAGACGAGGUGGAGAGGCAAGAUGGCACGCAAGGAGUACACCAAGCUCAAGAUCGAAGCUCGCUCACUCAAUCAUGUUGUGGAGCAGAAGAACAAGUUGGAGCUCAAGGUCGAGGAGUUGCAGUACCGUAUGCAGGCCGAGCAGAGGAUGAGGGAGAAGGAAGCGGACCUCAUCAAGGAGCUCAAGCGCGAGAAUCAGCUACUCAAGCAACAGCUUGAGGAUAAGGACAAGGAGAUUGAGAGAGCCAGAGCAGAGACUGAGAAGGCCAAGGCCGAGUCUGAGGAGAGGAUACAGAGUCUCAACACCAACCUCCAGCAGUUGGAGCGCAAGUUCACCACACCUCCAAGAUCAACAUCGCCAGAGAUUGCAACACCAGAGGUCUCACCACCAUACAUCAUCCGCAAACCCGCCAAGGAGACCAAGGACAACAGACAACAACCACCUCCACAAGAGGAGAACUACUCGACAACACCUCCACCAGACACUGAUACACCUCUGGAAGAGGCAGACACUGGUAGCUCCAGUGUUGUCCAGUCCCCGCCUGUCGUGGUGGCUGUACAUACAGCCAGGAAGGAGGACCGCGAACAUGAUGUGAUCAUCUACAACUCACCAGAGAUGACGGCCAAGGCCAUGGAAGUAGACGAGCAUCUGCACAGAGAGGUGCAACUCCUUCGUGAGAAGGAGUCUUCACAUCAAGUGGAGAUUGACAACUUGAACGACUUGGUCCACAGCCUUCGUGAACAGCUAGAGAGCGAGAAGAACAAGACACCUCUAACAAUGUCACAUUCCUCUUCGUCCAACUCGCUAUCCAGGCCAGAGAGUCCAAGGGACUCAGCAGUCACCUCUCGCGCAUCAUCCGACUCUGAGACUGAGCAUCACCAGCCACAGCAACAGCAGCAUUCACCAUCACACGGCGGGCUCAAGGCAAGUGCCAAUGGCAUAUCUGACUUGGUUGCCGCCCUGGACAUUAACAACAAUCAAUUGACUGCCGGCAAGUACUUGGUGGACAUGUUGCUCAAGGAGACAUUCUCCUUUGUAGUUGGCACCAUCCCCGAGCCAUGCUACAUCCUCUCGCGCUGCUACCUCGCCGACAUUGUCAUGAACUGCUCGGUGGCCAAGGUGGAGGUCAUGCACUACUUUGUCGACUCGGUCGCCUCACUCACCAAGGAAAGUCACGACAAUGAGUUGCUCUGCUUCUGGUUGUCAAACAUCUCACUGAUGCUCAAGGUUUUGGACUCGGCCAUUCAACAUCCACCUAGCUUAGAUGCCAGCACUGGCAGCGAUGAGGACAUUGACAUCAAUGACAAGUUGCCUGCCAACAUAUCGAUGGAGUCACUUCAGAUCAAGACACAACUGCAGACCCUCAUCACCAAGGUGUACAAAUCAUUAGUGAACAACAUCCUUGGAUACAUCCAACCGCUCUGUCAUCGCAUGCUUAACGAAGCAUCAUCCGAGAGUGAUGCAAUUGAGCAGCUCACAUGUUAUUUGACCAAUGUAUUCUCACUCCUCCAGCUAUGCCAUGUAUAUGAUCCAAUCAGACAAUCACUCUUUGAACAGAUAUUCCAUUAUAUUGACUCAUUGAUGUUCAAUGAGAUAGUGCUGCGACGUGACCUGUGCUGCCUGCGCAGCAGUAUCCAGCUCAAGAUCAAUAUUUCCGAGUUGGAACACUGGGCCAAGAGCUACGGCAAGGAGUGGUCAGUCAAGGCCAUCAGCCAUCUCUCACAGUUGAAGGAGACCAUCUAUAUCUUGAUGAUCGACAAGACACUUCUCACACAUGCCGACAUCAGGAAGGAGGUGUGUCCAUCGAUCACCACCGCUCAGAUCAAACAGCUGUUGACAAUGUACACGCCCGACCUGGACAGCGUGGAGGAGCCAAUACCCAUCGAGGUGCUGUCUGCGCUCAUGUCGUCGGAGGACUACAGCAAGUCCGAGAACAUCCUGUUGGACCUCUCAUCGAUAUUCACCAUCCCCAUGAAGCAACUGCACUGUUUGACCAUGGACGACCUGACUAGGAUCCAGCAUCCAUGUGACAGUAUCAUUUCAAUGGUGAUCAAAAAGAACAUUGAGAGUCAUCAUCCAACCAACAUCAAGUCGUCGUCGUCGUCAGUCGCCACAAAGAAAUGA